AGUAACCUGAUGAAGCGUUACUCAGCUUUCUGCACAAAGUCAGGUAUUAAUAUGAUGCCCACUGUUGAGAGAUGUCCUCGUGAUGACUCAGGGUUGACUCCUCUGCUUUUUGAAAUCGUUAACCCAAGAGAAUUCACCUCCAGCUGUUUCCCAAUGAGGCUGUAAUGCAGUGAAUCCAAGAAGUCAAAUUUCAACUCCAGUUCCUGCUUUUGAACUAGAAAGGACCAAAGAGCUUCCAUCAGACAUCCAUCUUCCACUAUCUGGAGCUCAGGCAGGAUUUUUCAAAGAAAAUGGCAACCAGCUUCCUCUCAGAUCUGGUACAGUACCAGCGACUGUUCCAAAUUAUCAUUGUGUUAGGAGUGGGUGGAAACUUCCUUAUUGGCUUCCAGGUUUCUGUGAUCUCCUAUCCUUCUGAGUAUAUCAAGAAAUUUAUCAAUGCAACCUGGGUAGAACGAUAUGACUCUCCUCUUCACCAAAAAACACUCUCCCUGCUCUGGUCCGUGGUUGUGUCUGUCUACUGUGUGGGAGGUUUGUUGGGCUGUCUGUGGAGUGGACCUCUAGCAAUGAGAUAUGGAAAAAAGAGAAGCUUCAUGAUCAUUGAUGUCAUCAUAAUUGUAGCUGCCUUGCUCAUAGGCUGCAGUAGGAUGGCUAGGUCUUAUGAAAUGAUUCUGAUUGGACGCUUCCUUUAUGGCAUCACUGCAGGUGUCUCCCUGAACAUUCAUGGACAGUACAUUGGAGAAGUGUCACCCAAGAAGCUGAGAGGCUUUGCAAACACCACAUCAUCUGCAUUUUUUGCACUAGGAAAAGCCUUCGGGCAAUUGAUGGGCUUAAGAGAAUUUUUAGGCACCCAAACUUUCUGGCCUUUGCUGCUGGCUUUGUCUGGAUUCGCAGCCCUGGUGCAACUGCUGCUCUUGCCGUUCUUCCCAGAAUCCCCCCCAUAUCUGUUGAUUCAAAAGGAUGACAAAGAAGGCUGCUUACAAGCUAUGAAAGACCUGUGGGGUGAAGGACAUCACCAAGCUGAGAUGGAUGACAUGAUGAAGCAGAAGGCAGCCAUGAAAAAUUCAAAGAUCUUAAGCAUCCCAGAAGUGUUGAAAGAUAAAUCUCUACGGCCAUCCUUAUGCAUUGUCUUUCUGCUGACGUUGAGUAUGCAGUGGUGUGGCCUGAGUGCAAUCUAUUUCUAUGCCUUUGAAGUCUUCCGCACAGCCAAGCUGGAUGACAUUCUUAUACCCUAUGUUGCACUAGGAGUUGGCACCUGUGAAUUUAUCUCUGUGAUCUUUUGUAGCUCUAUGAUUGACCACAUUGGCCGAAGGAUUCUGCUGUGGGGAGGCUAUGCAAUGAUGGCUUUGACGCUGGCCCUUCUCGUAAUUACCCUCUCUCUUCAGGAUCAGUUCUCUUGGAUGUCCUACUGCAGCAUCGCCCUCAUCUUCUUGUUCGUGAUCUGUUAUGGACUUGGUCCAUGUGGUGGUGUCAUCUCUGUCAUGGUAGAAAUUUUCAGCCAGUCAGCAAGAGCAUCAGCAUUUGUCAUUGUGGGCACCACCAGCUGGAUGUGUCUCAUUGUGGUUGGAAUGGGUUUCCCAUUUGUUGUGGAACUCCUUGGUCCCUACUGCUUCCUAAUCUUUUUCACAAUGCUCAUUGGGACGGUGAUUUUCAUCUACAUCUUCCUUCCUGAGACAAAGGGGAAGUCAAUUGCAGACAUCACAGAAGAACUAGGCAGGAUACAGUUUGGAAAGAAAUUCUUACUGACAGCAUUAAGAAUGAAUUUCACAAGAGAUCCUGAUUUGUGUACCAAGUUAUGAUUUGUCACCAAAGUCAGAAACAAGUUCUCUGUUUGAAUGAAAUGGACUCUCACUGAAGAAACUUUGUCUUGGAAAGUCCAUAGGUUGCCUGAUUUUUGGUUGUCAUGCUGACAUUUCAUACCAAGGGAUUUUAUUACAAUUCAAAUUCCUCUAAGUGCACAAGGUGAACUAUGUGCAUUUAGAUGACUGCUUUCAUAUUUUUGCAAUGCAAGAGGCACUGAGUUGUAGGUGACAGAACUUCUGAUGCUUGACAGGAUGGUGUGUCAUAACUACAAUAAAGAACAGCAAUGGACUACAGAGAGACUGAACUCUUGGGGCAUGGAUAAAUAAGG